CACUAGAUGUCGCUCCUACAUGGUAGGCAACCACGGACGCUCUGGCCCUGAGCCAACAUGACUUCCCUUGAACGGUUUACCUUCCUGCUAAUGGAGGCUUGGACAUAGGCUCCGUCUGACCACAGAUUACGUAAAGUCCAGUGGCCGUACGUGCUGUGGGCGUGCUAACAACACCCCCCAGACUGGGUGUUAACGCAGGGUAAUCAUGGGACAGACCGAAAGAGGAUCUUCAGUGGGAUAUGCCUAGGGCUGUUAUUGACAUUUAAUAAUACGGAUACAUCAUACACUUCCAAGAUGUCGGACGUCCAGCCCUUGAUCGCUCUGCUGGAGAUUAUGCUCAAUCUCUCCACCCCCCGGAAAUCAGCAGUAAAGCCAGGGGGUCACCCAGAAAACAUAUUUGUCGAUCUAACGGAGGAGGAGAAAGAGGGGUUUGAAUGUUCAAUAUGUUACCAAAUUCUGAAAGACCCGCGGAUGUGUAUCAACAACCACAAGUACUGCUACCCGUGUAUAUUUGUAUGGACUACAAGCGGAUACGCUGAAAAUCACAGCAGGUGUCCGGUAUGCCGUGUGCGCAUGCCCGAUUCUUACAUCAGAUGUAGGGAACUUGCAGAGAGAAUAGGGCUCAAGAAAGUGAAGUGCUUGGUCAGAAGCUGUAAAUGGAAAGGUCCACUGAAGAGUUUGGGGACACACCAGCACACAACUUAUACAGAAACAGGUCUGCCAUACCGACCCAGCAACAGAGAGGCACAGAUGUUCCGUGAAAAUGACAUUCCACAAAUAACGGACGCAGUGUCUUCAGACCCGGACGCUGUCCCAUCCAAUUACAUCGUCAGAGACGUUGUCGAGACAACGUCAUCAAACGGUCGUCUGUUAAUACGGCCGACAGAGGAAACGAACAAUGUAACCUCUCAAGGUCGUCUGCUGUCAAGGUCGACAGAACAGCGGGCGCCAUCUGGUCUAGGUCAUACGCGAUCUAUAGCACGUCGGAAUAUUAGAGUAGCUGCCUCUUCUGACAAUGCUACGGGCUCUUUGUCGACUCCAAGAACCCCACACCCUCCUUCCGUCCCGCGACCGUCCGGAUCACAAACCCGUCGUGGGCCGACUCUCCCGAAUAUUGUUGGCCAUAGUCAGCCUUCAAGGCAGCCCACCACGCCCGCCAGAAAUAAUGCCACCUCGACAUCUAGGAAUACCAUCUCAGCUACCAGGAAUUCCUCCUCCAACACAGACAACCGACCCCAGGGCACCACAACCGCUAGCCGACUACGGGCAAGGAACAGAGUGGAACAGGAAAACCCUGGCAACAUAAACAUUCGCGAGCGGCUUCGAGAGAGUAGAAGCAGACUUGACUCUCUCAUGACCACUUUUUCGUCAGAGGUAGAUAGGGGGCGCAAUGAUAUCGCCGCCUUCCAAGACCAACGAGAGCGCAGGCGCCAGGAACAGCUGGAUGAAGUACGCGACUUGGGAAGGAGGUUGGGCCAGGUUGCCACAGAACUGCGACAGUUACUGGACACCAGACGACAACUCCGAGACGAUAUUGAGGAGACUAUUAGCGAACUGUAGAGAGUACAUGUACUUAGC